GCGAGCUGCAGAGCCUCAUCCGUGUGGCCGCCAGCAUCCGCGGCCACAAAAAGAAGGUCCCUGGCCCGAAGCUGGUCGAGGCUGAGCAGCGACCUGAGAGGUCAGACGCUUGCAACCAGAUCUCUCACCUCCUUCGAGUUCACGCACGCUGAGGGUCAAACACCCCCAGACCUCGAUGGAUCCCCGGACUUCAACGCUGUCGGUGCCCUCGGUGCCGCCCCGCUUUCUCCACACUGGAUGCUGGUGGCUGAAUGA